CCAGCCGGACCCCGCAGGGCGCGAGGGCGCUCAUUGGCCCAAAGUCCCGAGGCCCCGCCUCCCGCGAUAGUUUCAUUUGGGAGUUGCUGCCUGGGAGAGGUAUUGUUGGAACUUCUUAAGAAGUGCCAUGGCCUCAUUUCCUAGCACCAAGAAGAUGAGAGACAUAGCCACCUGCCCCAUCUGUAUGAACCUGAUGACUCAUCCAGUGAGCAUCAAAUGUGGGCAUAACUUCUGCCAGUUGUGCAUAGUGGAAUUCUUUAACAGGGUGCACCUGUUACAUCCAGCAGUAACAAAGUUGGACUGCCCUCUCUGUCGGGGCCUAUUUGAUAAAAACAGCUUGAGGCCCAACAAGGAGCUGGAAAACAUAAUUGAAGUCAUCAAGGAGAUGGAAGAGCUGGACCAGGAAGUGCUAUGCAAGCAACACGGAGAAAAGCUCCACCUGUUCUGUGAAGAUGAAGGCCAGCUCAUCUGCUGGCGCUGUGAGCGGUCGGAGCACCAGGGGCAUGCCACAGCUCUUGUGGAAGAAGUAUACCAGGGCUACAAGGAACAGCUCCAGAAUGCUAUGGUUAACUUGAAUCAACUCCAGGAAGAAUGUUUGAAUCACAAAGUGUUCGUGACGAUGCAGAUGAAUGACUGGAAGGAAGAGAUAAACAUAAAGAGACAAAAAAUCAGGUCUGACUUCAAGAACCUCCGGAGCUUUCUGCAUGAGGAGGAGAAAUCUUACAUCUGGAAGCUGGAAAAAGAAGAAGAGCAGAUGCUGAAGAGAAUGAGGAGCAGUGAGACCAGUCUGGAGCAGAAGAGCAAUGAACUCAAGAGCCAUAUCCUGGAACUGGAGGCAAAAUGUCAAGGCUCAGUCCAGAACAUGCUUCAGGGUGUGAAAGACACUUUGGUCAGGAGUUCAGCGGUGAAGCUGGAAAACCCUGAGAACUUUUCCCUGGAGAUCCAUACUAUGUGCAAUGUCUCUGAGCUUUAUUUUGAUGUGAAGAAAACAGUAAAGCGCUAUCAAGUCAGUGUGACUCUGGAUCCAAGCACUGCACAUCCCGACCUAUUACUGUCUGAUGAUCGGAGACAAGUGACUCGCGGAUGCUCCAAGGAGUAUCUUGAGGUUUCGUCCAAGAGAUUUACUGCCUUUCCCUGUGUCCUGGGCUGUGAGGGCUUCACUUCAGGAAGACACUACUUUGAAGUGGAUGUUGGAGAAGGAACUGGUUGGGAUUUGGGAGUUUGCUUGGAAAAUGUACAGAGGGGCACUGACAUGAGGCAGGAGCCUGAGUUUGGAUUCUGGACCAUUAGAUUGUGCAAACAAAUUGUGGCACUUACCUCUCCCCCAACUCCUCUUCAUCUGAAUGAGCAGCCCCUGGUUGUAGGGAUUUUUGUAGACUAUGAGGCGGGAGUGGUGUCCUUUUACAACAUGACUACUGGUUCUCAUAUGUUUACCUUCCCUAGAGUUUCCUUCUCUGAUACUCUCCUCCCCUAUUUCCAGGUUUAUCAGCAUUCUCCUUUGUUCCUGCCUCCUCCUGAUGAGUAAGGAAAGGAACAAAGUCUCCUUGCUUUAACCAGAAGAGAAAAUACGUAAUUCCCACAAAGGCAGAAAUUUGGUCCAUUUUCAUCACUGCUGCCACUAUAGUUCCUGGAACAGUGUUGGGCUUUUAGUUGGCAUUUAAUAAAUGUUUUUUAGACUCAUGAAUAUAAAGACUGAUAAUCCUACAGAUGGUUAGUCUCAAUGAGGGAAAAAGCAAGAUAAUAGUGAUUGUUAAUUCACUAGUUACUACAUAGUCAUGAUGACCCACAUCAUUCUUCAGAGGGUUUCAGGGAUUUGGUCUUUAAUUUCUAUUGCUUUCUCUGUUCUUUGGCAAUGUCAAAAUCAUUUUGGCCCCAGUACCUUUGACCAAGCCCUUGUUUUUGGUUCAACACAGUCUUUUCCUAUUUGUUUUUCUUUAUUGGGGCUUUUUUUUUUUUUCUGAAGAUAGAUGAGUUCACUAAGAUCACCAGCUAGGCAGAGUGAAAGUGAGGGGGAAUUAACACUAGGAGAGAACCCUCAACCCGGCUCCAGCUUACUGCCCUUCAGAAGAACAAUCCUGAGAGCUUAAAGCACAGUUUCCUAAGAGUCUUAUCCAGUGGGGUGCUUUGAGCCCAAGGUGCUCAUGGUGGUGGUGACUGUGUUGAGAAUGCACAUAGCACUGGUUUUGCCACCAUCUCUGCUUUAGUCUCCCUAUUCUGGCACCUCUGGUGCCGAGGUCACAUCUUAAUAACUGCUUUAACCAUGGUCAUGUCCUAGUCAGUGUUUCAGAGACCACAUUACUGUUACUUGUUCUUUUUCAGUGUGCAAAUACAGAAACAUAUAGCUUCCUGGUUGUUAAUCUACUUGUUGUGGAGUCCUGCAAAAUAUGUUCCUGUACUAAAGGACAAAUAUUUUUGAUGUGAUUAAAGCACCUACCUCAUGUAUGUUAGAUCUUGACAUUCUCAGUGUGAAUUUCCCAAAGUAUUUUUUAACGUGAUUUUAUAUCACUCUAGCAUUACUCAAACACUUACAUAUACAUUUGUGUUUUUUUUUCAAUUAUAACUAAUAUCCAGAAUGACUCCAUUAUACAUAAUAGGUCUUAACCUCUCUUAUUUUGUCUCAGGUUGGUUUUGAAAGACAAUUCCUGAGUUAUAGAAUAUUUGUAAUUUGCAACUCCUUGAAGAUAAAUGAUGUUGAAUAUCUUUUGUGUGUGCUUGUCAUCUUUAUAUUUACUUUGGUUAUAUAACUGUUCAGAUAGUUAGACCAUUGUAAAAUUAGGUUGCUAAUUUUCUUUUCAUGUUCUUCAUAUAUUUUGGAUAACAGUCUUCUGUCAGAUGC